UCCGCGAAGCUCACUUCCACUCCGUUCGUCGCCUAUUUAUCGCCCCCCACCUCCACCACCUCAUAUCUCAAUCCAUCCUCAACCUCACCUGCAUCCCCCACCAUCCCCUGCCUGACUGACCCCUCUACCUUCUCCAUUCCAUUGCUGUUGUUUCUUGAUCGAGCCGAGAUGAAGCUGUCCAUGCAGUCGCUGGCCAGGAAGCUGUCCAUCCCGUCCCCGAAGCGGGGCAAGAAGGACGGCAGCAAGCAGCGGGGCAUUUCCCGGAGCGAGGCGCCGUCCUUCGCGUCCACGGCGUCGGCCUCCUCCUCCUCGUCGGACGAGGGCGCGCUGGCGAGGUCGACCACCCCUCGGUCGGUGCUCCCGGCCAAGAUCUCGCGGCGGGAGCUGGCGGCCGUGCUCCGGCGCCUCGGCCACGGCGAGCUCUCCGACGACGAGCUCGACGCCGUGGCGGCCAUCGCCGCCGCCGAGGACGGCUCCGGCCCCGAGGACGAGCUGAUGGAGGCCUUCCGCGUGUUCGACGCGGACGGUGACGGCCGCAUCGACGCCGAGGAGCUCCGCGGCGUCAUGGUCGCCAUCCUCGGCGCCGGGGCCGACGGCUGCAGCCUCGACGACUGCAGGCGCAUGAUCGGCGGCGUCGACGCCGACGGCGACGGCUUCGUCGGCUUCCAGGACUUCGCGCGCAUGAUGAUGAUGACCACCACCGCCGCAACGGACGGCCCGAGAUUCCUGUGAACCCAUCCAUGCCCUCACGGCGUGGCACGCACCUCCUCUGUUCCCGCUAGCUGUGUUGUGCUCGCCCGUUCUUCCCGCGAAAUUUCCAACGGCCAGACGCGCUCAGAUCGGAUGUGUUCAUCCUUUUUAGGCGCGCAUCGAGAUGAACUGUUAGUUGCUAGUAAUCGCUAUCACUCUACAAGUAUUAGUACAAGAACGAACGAACAUUUA